GUCAGUUAGUAACAAACCGUAAUCAUGGCUGUGAGUACGAUUGCCGCGCUCUUCUGCAGUUAUAAUGCCACCGCGUAUCUGUUCGAGGCUCUUUUACUCAGCACUUGUUUGACGAACUGCGGUAUUAAUCCAACAGAAAAUGGGGCGAUUCAUGCUGGCGAAGAUUCGAUGCGUCCCGAAACGACGAUACCACAAGGAAAACUCAGAGGAAUUAAUAUGGUCACACACCGUGGCAGAAAUUUCUCGGCCUUCAUGGGAAUCCCAUUUGCCGAGCCACCGGUCGGAGAUCUUAGGUUUAGACAAGCUGUGCCAGCGGGUCCUUGGGACGGGACUCUGGAUGCUGGCCGUAUUCCUAACGCAUGUAUUCAGCGCGAGUACGAGAUGAUGGGGGACGAGGACUGCCUUUAUCUCAAUGUCUAUACACCGAAGCUUCCUAGUAGCGAAAAUGCUACGUUACUUCCAGUGAUGGUGUACAUAUACGGUGGACAAUUCAGAUUUGGUGUCAGCAGUCCUAAGCGAUGGGGUCCACAAUUUCUUCUGAACAAGGACUUGGUCCUCGUAGUUCCGAACUAUCGUUUCGGAAUAUUAGGAUUUUUGAGUACCGGCGACGAAGUAUCACCUGGAAAUAAUUUACUAAAAGAUAUAGUUGAAGCUUUGAGGUGGACCCAAAAAAACAUCAAGUAUUUCGGUGGUGAUCCAAAUCGAGUGACUAUCAUGGGUGGAAGUUCAGGCUCCGUUAGCGUUCACCUGUUAACUGUAUCUCCUUUAACCAAAGGACUCUUCCACCAAUACAUGACACACAGUGCACCGGGAACAUCGCCAUUGAUUUCUGAACCGUAUUCAGUGGCCGCCAGGCGAGCCACCAAGUUGGGCGAAUACCUUGGUUGCCCAACCGACACGUCAACCGCCCUUGUUAAUUGCCUGAGGACUUUCAAUGGAUCAUACUUGUACGAUACAGAGGUGGUGUUGAAGGAAAUGAAAUUGGCCGGAUAUCUUGCUUGGGGUCCUGUUGUCGAACCUGAUAUAGAAGGUGCAUUGAUUACGGAUACUCCGUUGAAUAUCAUUACCAGCGGGAAGAAGCAUGAUUUGCCGUGGGUGGCCCUCGUAACUGGGGAAGAAGGAAUUGUUAUGACUGGAGUAUACUAUAAUAGGCCAGACUUGUUCCAGCAAUUUUUGGACAACGUUGACUCUCACUUAAUCAGCUUCUUGAGAUAUGACGCAUGGUCAGCUGACGUGGAUGCCCAAACAGCUGCUCUGAAGUCUCGUUACUUGAACGAUCUAACUGCUGACAGAAAAUUGCUAAUGCUCAAUCUGACUCGCAUUAUCACCGAUGGCAAAUUUAUCUACUCUAUUUACAACGAGGUCCAGAAAUAUGCAAACAACCCGGCUUACAAGAGUCCCGUAUACUUUUGCUCUUUUGAUUAUCGGGGCACUUUAAGCUAUAGCUAUAAGUUCAGUGAUGGUAACGCAGAGGAUUGGGGCGCGGCACACGGUGACGAGCUGCUUUACCUCCUUCCUGGACCACUCGAAAGUUUUGGACCACCGGGCUCUGAGUAUAGUAAGACUGACCUGGAAAUGGUUGACAAGAUGGUAGACCUAUGGACAUCGUUUGUUAUCAAUGGGAUUCCGACUACUGCAGCUCUCAAUGACAAUACAAUUUGGGAACCAUUCUCAUCAGAUGAAAAAUAUCUUCAGAUCGGAAAUGGACCCGAUACCAGACUUGAGGUUCAAAGCAUUUUCCAUAGAGAACGAAUGCAGUUUUGGGAAAAUUUCUAUGCUGCUAAAAAGUAGAUGUAGUUCGAACUGCGGUUCCUAAUCAAAAUCUACAUUCUCUGCCUCAAAAUAUUUCUUGUAAUGCAUGCACGUUU